CGCAACCCGCCAUUUUGUCUAAACAAUAUUUAUGAAGUGUUGUAUUUUGAAACAAUUUCUGACUUUUGUACCGCGAAGAAAAGCUGUUUUUCCUUUCAGAUGAACCAGGCAGAAAAAGGAGAAGAAGGAAAUAGAGAGGAGUGGAUGACAAAGUUAACAGACAUGCGAUUUCAGAGAGCAGACAUGAACCGUCUGAUCAUGGACUACCUUGUUACAGAGGGCUUCAAGGAGGCUGCCGAGAAAUUUAAAAUGGAAUCCGGCACGCAGCCUUGUGCUCCUCUGGAAAAUCUCGACGAAAGGAUUAAAAUAAGAGCCGCUGUCCAACGUGGAGACAUCGAAGAAGCAAUCGCUCUGACGAACAAGUUAAACCCGGAGAUACUCGACUGCAAACCGCAUCUGUAUUUUCAUCUUCAGCAACAACGCCUUAUCGAGUUAAUUCGUGAAAAAGACAUUGAAUCGGCUGUUGAUUUUGCCCAAAACCAGCUUGCUGAGCAGGGCGACGAAUCUCCCGAGUUCCUGGAAGAACUAGAGCGAACUAUGGCUUUGCUGGCGUUUGAUAACCCUGAGGAUUCACCAUAUGGUGAAUUGCUGUGUACUUCACAAAGACAAAAAGUUGCUAGUGAAUUGAAUGCUGCCAUUCUGGAAGCAGAACACAGAGAAACCUCACCCAAGUUGUCUAAUUUGUUAAAACUGUUGUUGUGGGCGCAAACAGAGUUGGACACCAAGAAAGCAAAGUUCCCCAAAAUGGUAGAUGUUGCAAACGGUACUUUUGAUGGUUCACUCUAAGACAAAAAAGCUUGAUGAAUAUUGAACGGUGAAAGGUAAUUCUUUGACUACUAAAGCCAAACUUCUUACAGAAAACAUCAGUCUUCCCAAAUCAAGGGAUGACCCAUUCUAGACUUAAGAGAGCACAGUUUUGGUGGAGCAUACAUGUAUUAUGUGUUGGCUCAACUAAUUUUCUGGGAAAGUGUGGUUUAACUCUAGUUACUUUUGAACAUGUGUACUCAAUAAAGAGCCAUACAAUACUCUUGUAACAGUUGUAGGGUUUUUUCAUGGUUUUGUUAGAAACAAAGGUAAGAUUUCUCAAGUUUACAAAACAUCUGCGAGUAUGAAACUAGUACAUACCAAACAAACAAUGCUUAAUUUUUUUAUUAGAAAUGAACAGAGCUUCCCUUUGUUGUCAGAAGCGAACAACACUUUAAGAGUUGUCAGAGGAACAUAUUUCUAUUCUGACCAUCAUCUUCAUGGUGUUAUUGGAAACAAACAUCGCUUUGGUGAUAAAGAUUUCUCAACUUUAUUGCUUAUUUAUAGUCAGAAAGUCUGUUCUUUCAAUUAUUUGUUUCUUUGGGCAACUUGACUUUUGUGUUUGGGUGACAUAACUAAAAUUUCAGGUGACAUGACUAAGGUUCCUCCCCACUUGACUUGGGGUGAGAUGACUUCCAGGCAACUUGACCAGUUGCCUAUGGGGAUUGUCAAUAAAUAAGCAC